AUGCCCCCAUGGGGAAGACCACCGGGGGCGAAGGGGAGCAAGGCGCGCAGGCGGUGGGAGCGCGACCAGGCGCGCUACCGCGAGAGCGUGCGCGUCGAGGAGCUCGACUCGGACGACUCCUCGGACGCCCGCGGCGUCGCCGUCAACGGCUACCCCGCCCGUUACUCCGCCAUCGACGUCGCCCCCAAAUCGAGAAAGGCAUACGCGUACCAGCCCGACUCGUCGUCCAGCAGCAGCGCCUCCUCCACCGACAGCGACAGCAGCGACAGCAGCGGCAACGUCAGCGCGGCCCAGAUCGCCCUCCGAGACAAGGAGGAGGCCCUCGUCCAAUCCGCACUCGCGCGCAUCCGCCGCGCACAAGAAAAAGGAAAGUUAGAAGUCAAGCUCCGUGAGGAUGAGCUCGCCGCCCUCGAAAACAGGCGGAAGCGCAUCGCAGCCGAGAACGCGACGAAGGCGAAACCGAAAUCCUCGCCCUCGUCAUCCAAACGCGAUAAAGCCAGUGGUGGCAGCGAGCGCAGAAAUAAGAAAGGCUCAGGCCCGCCGAUGGUGACUGUUCCCAUCGUCCCGCCGCCUGAACUCGCGUCGUCCUCGUCGCGGCCGCACUCUAGACGACAUAGCCGCGCUAUACACGCUGAUCCAGCACUAAUGGAGUCGUACGCUGCGGAAUACCGUCCUCCCUCCUCGCACCAGCACCAACACCACGCCUCACCCGGGCGUCCACGCUCGUCAUCCUCGCUCGCGCGCCCGGGGUCGCAACACUACGCGUACCCGCCUCCACCGAUGAUGACAGGUCGCCAUGUCUCGGAUGGAGUGAGGCCGGGGUCCUCGGCGUCGAUGGCGGGGAUGCAGAUGCCCAUGACUGUUAUGCGGGCGCUGUUGCCGCAUGAGGAGGGCUGGGACCCGAGUGCCUCGCGCAGGGGGAGCGUGGGGAGUGGGGUUGAGUAUGAUCCGUUUGAGUACCAGGUUAGGGCUGAGGGGGAGUAUGGGCGCGGUGGUGGGGUUGGGGGGGGAGGGGGAGGGGCAGGAUAUCCUGUGGGGGGGGAGGUGGUGUAUUCGAAUGUUAGGAGGGCUAUGCCUCCUUCUGGCGCAGGGGUGUAUGUGGAGAGGAGGAAGGAGAGUAGUAGUAGCGAGGAGACGGAUGAGGGAAGUGGGGUUAAGGUUGUGCCGGAGCGGGUUAGGGAGAGGGAGAGGGAGGUUGUCCCUGUUCCUGUGGCGACGCCGAAGAAGAAGGGGAGGAAGAAGAAGCGGUAGCGGUAGUUAUUUUCGUUGGGGGUCGCACUUUUUGGACGAUUCCCGGGUUUGUUUUUUUUUGAGAUUUUGUUUGGCUUUUUGCGAGGUUUAAUGAUGAUGACUGUAUGUUUGCUCUUUUAGCUCUAAAAGGGAGGAAGGGGGUGCAUAUAGAAGUUUAUUCAUAAUGGGUCGAAAAGCGAGGGGGGUUAUAUAUUAUUUUAUGAUGGCUG